AUGCCUAAAGAUCAGAGAGGUGUAAUUAGAUCACGUUCUGAACCGGCUUUGAACCCUAAUCGACUCAGAGACAAAUCUUUGGCUCCUGCUACGUCACUUGCUGCCAAUCCCGAUGAUACUGAUACAUUCUAUGAUCAGGCGGAAUCAGCUGAUACAAGUUGCAAAGAUUCAGAUGUUAGAUGCUAUGGUGAUGAAGAUGCAUCUUGGAUAUCAUGGUUCUGCAAUCAGAAAGGGAAUGAAUUCUUCUGUGAAGUCGACGAUGAUUACAUCCUCGAUGAUUUCAACCGUUCAGGUUUAAGAAACCACGUACCAUUCUAUGAUUAUGCACUGGAUUUAAUGUUGGACAUUGAGUCUUCCAAUGAUGGCUUAACUGAUGAGGAACAGAACAAUCUGAUCGAAUCCGCGACGGAGAUGCUCUACGGUUUAAUUCAUGCCAGAUACAUAGCAACUAACAAGGGAUUGUCUGCAAUGUUGGAGAAGUACAGGAACUAUGAUUUUGGCAGAUGUCCAAGAGUGAACUGCAGUAAACAACGUUGUCUGCCUGUUGGUGAGUCAGACAUCCCAAGAUUAAGCACUGUAAAAAUCUAUUGUCCCAAGUGUGAAGACAUUUAUUCCCCACAAUCCAGACACCAAGAAGAAAUUGAUGGAGCAUACUUUGGAACCACAUUUCCUCAUCUUUUCUUCUUGACCUACGGGCAUCUUAAGCCGCAGAAGGCGAUUCAGAACAAUGUUCCAAGAAUAUACGGCUUCAAAGUCCGCAACGAACAAUGA